CCACACGAGCAGUCUGACACUCUCACCACCACUCCCUAUCAGACCAUCUGUCAGUGUGUGGCCUCACUCCCCGAUCCUUCGCCAGGCCACAGGCUCCCCGUGAGCUCCGCCGCUCGGCGCCUGCCUCCCCAGUCCUUCCUCACUGCAGGAGCAAUGGCGAUGGCCGCCAUGGCCUCCCCGUCGUCCAUGACCAUGAUCCCCGCGCGCCACCACGGCGCCGCGCCAUCCCUGGCCACCUCCGGCGACUCCUCGGUCCGCCGCCUCCGCGCGCAGCCGCGCCACGGCCGGCGCGGCCGCGGGACGUCCGUCUCGACGGUCGCGUCGCGGCGGCGGCCGUUCGUCUUCACCCCGCGCGCCGUGUCCGACUCCAAGAGCUCGCAGACCUGCCUCGACCCCGACGCCAGCACGAGUGUUCUUGGAAUCAUUCUUGGAGGUGGUGCGGGGACUAGAUUGUACCCCCUGACAAAGAAGCGUGCCAAGCCUGCAGUGCCAUUGGGUGCCAACUACAGGCUCAUUGAUAUCCCUGUCAGCAAUUGUCUCAACAGCAACAUCUCAAAGAUCUAUGUGCUGACACAGUUCAACUCCGCUUCCCUCAAUCGUCACCUCUCAAGAGCCUACGGAAGCAACAUUGGAGGUUACAAGAAUGAAGGUUUUGUUGAAGUGUUGGCUGCCCAGCAGAGUCCAGAUAAUCCAAACUGGUUCCAGGGUACCGCAGAUGCUGUAAGGCAGUACUUGUGGCUAUUUGAGGAGCAUAAUGUGAUGGAAUUUCUAAUUCUUGCUGGUGAUCACCUGUACCGGAUGGACUAUGAAAAGUUCAUUCAAGCACACAGAGAAACAGAUGCUGAUAUUACUGUUGCUGCCCUACCGAUGGAUGAGAAACGUGCAACUGCAUUUGGUCUUAUGAAAAUCGACGAAGAAGGGAGGAUCAUUGAAUUCGCCGAAAAGCCCAAAGGAGAUCAGUUGAAAGCCAUGAUGGUUGAUACCACUAUACUUGGCCUUGAUGAUGUGAGGGCAAAGGAAAUGCCUUAUAUUGCUAGCAUGGGUAUCUAUGUUUUUAGCAAAGAUGUAAUGCUCCAGCUCCUCCGUGAACAAUUCCCUGGAGCCAAUGACUUUGGAAGUGAGGUUAUUCCAGGUGCAACAAGUAUUGGAAAGAGGGUGCAAGCUUAUCUGUAUGAUGGUUACUGGGAAGACAUUGGUACCAUUGAGGCAUUUUAUAAUGCAAAUUUGGGAAUUACCAAGAAGCCAGUACCAGAUUUCAGCUUCUAUGACCGUUCUGCUCCAAUUUAUACACAACCUCGACAUCUGCCACCUUCGAAGGUUCUUGAUGCUGAUGUUACAGACAGUGUUAUUGGUGAAGGAUGUGUUAUUAAAAACUGCAAGAUACACCAUUCUGUAGUUGGACUCCGAUCUUGCAUAUCUGAGGGUGCUAUCAUAGAGGACACUUUACUAAUGGGUGCUGACUAUUAUGAGACUGAAGCUGACAAGAAACUCCUUGCUGAAAAAGGUGGCAUUCCCAUUGGUAUUGGGAAGAAUUCACACAUCAGAAGAGCUAUUAUUGACAAGAAUGCUCGAAUUGGAGACAAUGUGAAGAUAAUCAAUGUUGACAAUGUUCAAGAAGCUGCAAGGGAGACAGAUGGGUACUUCAUCAAAGGUGGAAUCGUUACUGUGAUCAAGGAUGCUUUGCUCCCAACCGGAACAGUUAUAUGAAGUAGAUGUGCAACAUCCACCGAGGGUCAUCGACAAUCAUCAGCACCCAGUUGCUUGAUCUGCUGACCAUGUCUUGGAGACCAUGGAAACAAUAAACGAACUGCCAUUCAAGGCACUGUUUCUUUGUUUUUUUUCUCAUUGUUCUUUUGUCAUCUUUAAUAUUCUAGGAUAUAAUGUUGUAGCGGCACAUGUUCUGCAUAUGUUGUUGGAAUCGAAAUUGCAUGCCUGGAUUUGGGAUACCUCUUUGAUGUUGUGUAAUUAUUAGUUUAAUUAUCAUGCUUUGCUGCCAUUGAUCUGA